AGGGACUCAGCCCCCAGCCGUGCAGCUGGCACAAAAAGCUCUCUGUGUGCUCCCACCUCGCAGCCUUCUAUGGGGCAAAACAUUUUAAAUCAGAAGGGACAUGGGGCCCAACGCCUGCCGCGGUUUUGUGCCUGCUGGGGUGUGAAAAGGGGAAUGGAGGAAGGGAUUUGCUGGAGGAAAAGAGGAACUGAAGGUAAGGGCCAUGCAUUUCUGGCAGCACCAACGCAAGGAGCCAACGUUGGUCUGUGAGGAGAUGGCAGGAGGGGAUGGAGGGUGGCUCCAGAAAUAUCUGUGAGCCCCGUGACUUUCUACAAGCAAGGACGUGGAGGAUGAGAUGGGCUCUCAGGAAUCGCUGGGUGCCCUGGGCUGCCUGGCACCAUUGGGAUUCACCCCCUCAGCCAUGGGGCUGCUGCUCCAUCCACAGAUGCUGCUGCCGUGGGUAAAUACUUAACUGAAGUUUGCUUGUGUUUAUUUUUUUUAGAGAGUCUGCUAUUACAGCAUUUCACCCUUUCAAGUGCUCUUUGAUACACAGGCAGAUAAACAGGUAGGAGAUGUAUUUGAUAAUCAGAGAAAAAAGGCUUUUCAGCAAAUGAUGCUUGGGUGAGAUUUGAAUCAGUCGCAGCUAAUAGUGGAAGCGGCUAAACUAAAGGAAAUAUAAAAAAAGAACACAGAUAACCUAUUUUUAGCUUAAGAGCAGUUUUCUUAAAAUGAGUAAAAUGCCAUGCGCUGAGCUGAUGGGAAUCAUGUUUUCCACCUAAGGCGCACAGAUUAUUUGUGACCUCUCUGAAGGCGAGCACAGAAAGCUGGAUGGGCUACAGGGCUUUUUGUGAGAGCCUCUGCCACUGCAGGACUAUAAGGCCAGAUAUUUCUCAUGAGACCAGGGGUGCUCCCAUAGCCAGCAGCUACAUUUCGUUCCAUUUCUACCAAAUACAAGCUGUUGCUCUCUUGUUUUUCUGACAACACGAUCCAGAGGUCCCAGCCUCAUCCCUCAUCCCACGGGAGCACCCAUGGGCUCCCAGUCCAUGGGGACAGCUGGGCAGAGAAAGCGCUGGAAGCACGUACGAAGCCAGGCCUUUUUGCCCACAAAUAUGGCAAAGUCUUGCUCUGACUUCCAAAAGACGGAAAAAAAUAAUACAUUAUCUUCAAUUUGAAAUAGAUCUUUUAACAUUAAGAGCGUGGCUUUUAAAAGAGCUAAAUAAAAGUAGAAAUAGCUUGGUUUAACUUCAAACAUUUCUAACCAAAAGGUUUGGCCUCUUUAUUUCUUUCAUUUUCGUAUUUUAAUACUGAAUCUACUGUCCCGAGUUUGCAGAUUAUUUUGAUCCAGCUGGGGAUCUUUUCCAGUAAAUAAGCUGUUUCACUUGAAGUAUUCAGCGUGUCUGUACUACAGCUCCUACCCACACUUAUCUUGGAAACCCGAUGACCCUUCGGGCUAGAUUUUAUUGCGGGAUUUUCACUGUAUAAGCCAUGUCUGUAGCAAUCAAAUUGCCGCUGUCUCGCCUCAGCUGCAGAUGGCUUUCAGCUGAUCUGGCAUUUGGUACAAUUGUUUUCCUUUUGGGAAGGUUUUUUAAUCCCCUUUUAUGAAUAUAUUAUUAGCCGAAGGGAGGCCGGUGCUUUAAACUGUAUCUCGAGUGUGAAAUGGAAAAUAACUUUGUGUGGAAGCUGCUUGGUACAAACACUGCAACGGCGAGUCUGGGUGUAGGGACACGGGAAAUUUGCUCGUGACUUGGAAACCCAGCCUGGUGCGAGGGAAAACAGCCCCAUUGCCCAUCACUCUGCUCCGCAUGCCUCUAAGGGGAUGUUUUAAGCCCAAGCUCCCUGCGAGGCCUCGGGGUGGAGGAGCCCAACUGCAGCUCUGGGACACCCACAGCAGGAGCAGGGUGAGACCCCAGGAAGGGGAGACAGCGAUUCAGCUCUUUUCGGGGUUUUUCACCCCAUUAGACAGCGUGCUGGGCAUUUCAGGUGGCCACACCAGGCGGACUGACCCCCAGUGCCAGUCACUUUCCCAGGGCAAGGACAUCAAUUAAAUAAGGUGGACUAACCAGGAUGAAUGGAAAACUGAUUAAGGGCAGGAGCAGUGUUAAUUACACGAACGCUACUCACUGAGUAAGGCACCUCUCCUUGCGGCAUCCAUCAUCAUUACUGCCGUGCCACAAACCACCCCGAGGAGCACAAAGCAUCAGCAGCAGCCUCCAGCCGCCUGCCGGGGAGAUUGCGGCACCAAGAAAGUCCUCGCCUCCCCCGCUCGCCUCCCUGGUAUCUGAAGGCUCUGUUUGUUCAUUAGCCUUCUUUAUUUGCAUCCGCAGAGGCUUAAUGAGACGGCUCUGCAGUGUUAAACAGAAAGCAGCCACGGAGGAAGAGCCCAUUAGGGGCGGUCAGGCAAUGUGUAACUGUCUCUAACAGAGCAGCUCCUUCCAAGGGCCGUGCUUUGGUGACACCGGCUCUGUGUGAACAGCAAAGGUGCAGAUUCCUGAGCAGUUCAUCAAGGCUAAUUAGCUCUUUGCCUUUUAAGGCUAGUUCAGCAGCUGCCGGGUGCCACCAGCACAUCCCUUUCCUGCAGCCCUCGGGCCGGGUUCCUGCACCACUGCUGGUCCGGAUGCAGCUCCAAUCCUCACCCAGGUGGGGAUUUGGGAUGGGGGGGAAAAACCUCUCGUUUUCCCUGUGGGGUCCCAGCGGGGUCCCCUCCGCCCCCCUUGGCCACCCCAUCACCCAGGGUGUCCCGCAGCCCCGCGGGCCGCCGCCAGCCCCUCGCCCUCCAAAACAAACUGGUGCCCAGCGCGCUCGCUCUGCCUUGACCGGAACGUGCCCAGUGAUUCAUUUCUAAAGCAAAAGCCCGGUGUUGACAUUGAGAGGGGUGUUAUCGCUGAUACCGCGGGGCGAGGGUGUACCUGUUGGUAUAAGAGCCACGCCGCUGUGCAGCCCGCACCCGCAGAGCCCCGCCGAGGCCAGCGCCGCCGCCAUGAAGCGCCUCUUCUUCCUCGCUGCGCUCUGCCUCGCCCUGGGCAGUGGCUUGAAGAGGGUGACCCUGACGCGGCACCGCUCGCUGCGGAAGACACUGCGGGACCGCGGGCAGCUCUCCCAGUUCUGGAAAGCCCACAAGCUCGACAUGGUCCAGUACAGCGAGGAUUGCUCUGCCUUCACGGCGGCCAACGAGCCCCUCAUCAACUACCUGGACAUGGAGUACUUCGGGCAGAUUUCCAUCGGGACCCCUCCCCAGAACUUCACGGUGGUUUUCGACACGGGCUCCUCCAACCUCUGGGUGCCGUCCAUCUACUGCACCAGCAAAGCUUGCACCGAGCACGCCAGGUUCCAGCCGUCGCGCUCCAGCACGUACCAGCCCGUGGGCAUCCCCUUCUCCAUCCAGUACGGGACCGGCAGCUUGACGGGGGUCAUCGGGUCUGACCAAGUCACCGUGGAGGGCCUGACCGUGACGAACCAGCAGUUCGCAGAGAGCGUCAGCGAGCCGGGCAAAACCUUCCUGGAUGCCGAAUUCGACGGGAUCCUGGGGCUGGCCUACCCGGCCCUGGCCGUGGACGGGGUCACCCCCGUCUUCGACAACAUGAUGGCCCAAAACCUGGUGGAGCUGCCCAUGUUCUCGGUCUACAUGAGCUCGAACCCGGACUCCUCCCUGGGCGGAGAGCUGCUCUUCGGGGGCUUUGAUCCCUCUCGCUUCACGGGGACCCUGAACUGGGUGCCGGUCACGCAGCAGGGCUACUGGCAGAUCCAGCUGGACAACGUGCAGGUGGGUGGCACCGUGGCGUUCUGCAAGGACAGCUGCCAGGCCAUCGUGGACACCGGGACGUCGCUCCUCACUGGCCCUACCAAGGACAUAAAGGAGCUGCAGAAAUACAUCGGAGCCACGCCUGUGGAUGGAGAGUACGCCGUGGAGUGCAGCAACCUGAACGUGAUGCCCGACGUGACCUUCACCAUCAACGGGCUCCCCUACACGCUCACCUCCCAAGCCUACACCCUCAUGGAGUACAGCGACGGCAUGGCCUUCUGCACCAGCGGCUUCCAAGGCAUGGACGUCGCCCCUCCUGCCGGCCCCCUCUGGAUUUUGGGCGAUGUUUUCAUCCGACAGUUUUACUCUGUCUUCGACCGUGGCAAUAACCGGGUGGGGUUGGCGCCCGCUGCCCCUUAGGGCCGUGCAUCCCUCGGGGUGGGAGCGAAGCGGAGCCACGGCCACUGCCUCGGGCCGGGCAAGGAGCACGCACCGGGGGCCCUGGGGGCAUGGAGACACCCCGGGGCCUCGGCUGCAGGGCACUCAAAGGUCCGGUCCAUGCCAGGGAGCGGUUUGAUGGCGAGUAUAAAGACGUCCUGAGCAGCUCUGUGAAAUCUGCUUGCGGAUUCUCCUUUUUUUAAACACGGGUCAAUAAAUGCUUGAAUGAAACAAACCCCGUUGUUCUCAUGGUGCAAGUCGUGCAGCAGCAAUCCUGCAGGCCCCAGCCAGCGGUGCUGGUGCCAGCCCCAUGCACAGGGGUGCUGAACCCCCCCAGCCCCUGCCCUCCUCCCUGGAGAGCUGCAGGCUCGGGGCACCGGCUGCUGAGGGCUCCUUGGUGGUGCAGGAGGUGCUGCUGUCCCUCCACAAGCCUUUGAUCUCAAAGACCCACCUUUGUGGUCUGUAGCUGGGAGUUCUGCAGGGACAGAAGUGGGAAAUUUGCCCAGGCAGAGCAGAAAGCCCCCGGAGGGGGCCCUGUACAGCCCAUGGCUGUGGGCAGGGCAGGGGCUGGGGGAGCAGCUGGGUGGGUGCAGAGAGUUCACAGAGAAAAUGCCUGGCUUCAGCAGGCUGAGCCCAUGCCAAUGAACAAGGAGAUAAUUAUGAGCCUGAAGAGACCCU